AUGUCCUUUUUCAACACAAUCAAAGGGCUAGGCAGAAGCUCUAAAAAGAAUAAAAAAGAUGGUGAACAAUCAUCGCUAUACUCACAUUCAAAUGUAUCGGGCAACACCCUUAGAAGAACACAAUCACCCAUCAAGGCACCAUCGUCACCUUCUAAACAUUCAGCAUCGCCGGUAAGAGGAGCUGGAGGUAAUGUCCUGAGCAUACAAACAGGAAGGAAUCAAGCCGGUUAUGCCUCCUCCUACCAGGGUUCGCCUUCGAAACGAUCUAGAAAUAUAAAUAGCGCUAGUCUACAACAGCUGCAACGACUGUCACAUAGAACAUCAGUUGCUUCAAGAACGCUGCAGCUGAUCAUUACUGACCCGCCUUUAUUCAUGUGUGAACCAUUUGUUAAAACGGCAUUGGUUAAAGGUUCAUACAAGACCAUAGUUCAACUACCUGCAUUUGUUGAUUUGAAUGAAUGGCUAGCACUAAAUAUUUUUGAAUUUUUUGGCAAUUUGGAUUCAUUUUAUGGUCUUGUUUCUGAUUUCGUUACUCCUGAAGACUUUCCUACUAUGAAUGCGGGGCAAACCAAUUAUCUAUGGGUCGAUGGAUCGGGCCAAGCCGUGAAUUUACCUGCUUGUCAGUAUAUCGAAUAUGUCAUUACUUGGAUCUCCAACAAGAUUAAUGACCAAGAGACUUUCCCGACAAAGACUGGUGCUGUAUUCCCUCAAUUUUUCAUUAAAGAUGUUAAGAAUAUUUCUCGCCAAAUGUUUCGUAUUUUUGCAUUCAUUUAUUAUAAUCAAUUUGAUAAAAUAGUUCAUUUGAGUUUGGAGGCUCAUUUUAAUUCUUUUUUUGCCCAUUUUAUAUCCUUUAUCAAGGAAUUUAAUUUGUUGGAUAAAAAGGAAUUGGAACCAUUGCAGCCUUUGAUUGAUGAAUUUGAAGCGCAGGGAAAGAUCAAUUGA